AUGGCCCUUCACAAGCACUCGGCUGCAGCCCCUCUGAUCGUCGGUCUCUUUCUGCUGGCGUCUGCCCCCACCCCGAUUCUCGCACACCCAUACCCUCUACAAAAUGUCGCCAAUAACCUCUUCUAUGAGCUCGGCGACAAGUUUAUGAAGCGUGACUGCGUUCAGCGUUGCGGCGCCGACUCUCAGUACUGCUGUGGCUCUGGCGAACAGUGCUACACGGUUAACAACAUUGCUGGCUGCAGCACCAUCCUCGGCGGUGGGGGCUACGGCAUCUUCACCACAACCUGGACUGAGACAAAUACCUUCACCAGCACCGUCACAACCGACUGGCCUGCGACAACAAAGGCCGGAGGAGUGGGAGCUGGGGGCACCUGUGUCCCGCAGAAAGAAGGAGAAACGGCAUGUGGAAGCAUAUGCUGCGCCUCGUACCAGUACUGUGCCUACUCGGGGCAAUGCGCCCAGCGAGACGGCUGGGGUGGCGGCAUCACUACCAUCACCUCAGGAGGCGUCACAAUCACGACGCAAUACUCUGCUCCCUACCGGAUCACCAGCACUAGAGCCACCGGCACCUUCGCAUCAGCAACCGCAACCGGAACCGGAACCGUGGUGCCUGUCACCGACGAGGGCACCGGCGGUGGUUUGAGCGGCGGGGCCAUUGCGGGUAUUGUCAUCGGCACUCUGGCUGGCCUCGGUCUCCUCAUGCUGCUCUGCUUCUGCUGCAUCGCCCGCGGCCUCUGGGGUCUUAUCUUCGGCGGCAAAAAGAAAAAGGAGCACAGCCGCGAGCGGGUCGAGGUCGUUGAAGAGAGAUAUUCACGCCAUGGCAGUCGCAUGCCCUCGGCCCACUCCCACCGCCCCUCGCAUGGCGGCUGGUUCGCAGGCGCCGGCCGUCCUGCACCUGCUGCGCGCCGCAAGGAGGAGAAGAAGGAGGGCGCCAAGUGGUUGGGCCUGGGAGCUGCCGCCGCGACCUUGCUAGCGCUUUUGAACCUUAAGAAGGACAAGCCAGCCCGCAAGCCGCGGUCGAGCUACACAGACUCGUACUACUCGUACACGGGCACAAGUCCCAGUGAGUCUUCAUGGGAUUCUCGGACUCGAUCGGAUCUGACGUCCUACCUAGGCAGCUCUAGCUCGGGUGGAAGAACUCACCGAACCGGCCAAACGCGCGGCACCCGUACGACGCGACACUCGCGGAGGUAG